AUGUCCUCUCAGUUGGAAGGAGGCCCGCAGCAGGAGACCGCAGCAAAAUCUGAAGUGCCAAACUCCGAAGAAGUAGUUGACGUGACAAGACCAGACGGAUGCGCCGGGCAGCGCGGCUGCCCCGGGGACGGGGGCCAGAAAGAAGGGGCCCUGUCCCCGGAGCGCCAGCAGCAGAAGCCACGCAAGAUGACCCGGAGCCCCAAAUGCGCCCGCUGUCGGAACCACGGCGUCGUGUCGUGUUUGAAAGGCCACAAACGCUUCUGCCGCUGGAGGGACUGUCGCUGCGCCUGCUGCCUGCUGGUGGUGGAGCGCCAGCGCGUGAUGGCAGCGCAGGUCGCGCUGAGGCGGCAGCAAGCUGCGGAGGUGAGGAGAGGGCAGGGUAAGAGGGGCGCGAGGUGUGCAGCUCCGUUGCGGAGGACGGCCUAUCAGCGUUACAGCAGAGCCGCCGAGCCGAGCAUCCUGGCCAAGAGCAUUCUGCAGGGGCUGAAACCGAUGGUUCCUCUGGAGGAAGACACCGCCUGCUGGUCUAAGCCGGCACAGUGCGAUCAAACACACUUGACGUGCCCGUCCAUCAGCGCCCGGAUGAGGAAGAGACGAGCCUUCGCAGACAAGGAGCUGGAGAACGUGAUGCUGGAGCGAGAGCUGAGACAGAGGGAGCUCCAGAGCGACCUUUCCUUCGCCUCCUCCGCCCUCUUCCCUGUGCUUCACCCUCCAGCCCUGCCCGUCUCCCCUAGCCUGCACUGCUGCCCUCUCAACAAGGACGCCACUGCCGCAGGGACAUCCAGCUAUGUGCCUGUGUAUAAAUAUAAGCCUCUGUAUGAGUGUGACUUCCAGUUCUAUCGGUUCUUCCACCUAAAGAGCAGAUCUUCCGCAGAAGGUGACUAUAACAACUUUUUAUGCCGAAGCCCAGAGAAGGCUAUCGGGGAUGAGGAGGUGCAGAAUGACUGGAAGGUCAAUGAGAAGAUAGACCGACCGGAGCUUAUACCUCUACCAUCACAGCAAGGACUCAGAAAUCAUGGCAACACAGGUCUGUCAGGUCUAGAACUUGUCAGAUCCCCCUCAAAACCAACAGAAAUAAUGGCCUCAAAUGGCUCUUCAGCCAUCACACACUCUGUUUUUAGAUCAGAUCAGGGUAUCCUGGGCCCCGCAGGUGUCAGUGCAACGAGCAGGACUUUUGAUCCCAGACCUCUGACAGCUAAGGGCUGGAGCGCAGACACUUCUGCCGCCCAGGCAGGUCCUCAUGCUGACUCUGUCAAGAGCCCUCAUGGCAACUCAGUCAGGACUCCCACUGUGAGGCCAUUACCUUUCUCUGUAGAGGCUCUGCUGAGGGCAUGACAGGCAAAGGGAAAGUGGCUUAGAGCACUUUGUUUAUGUGUGGACCAAGAAUUGAUGUUGAGGGUAUAAAUAUAAAAAUAGCUGGUUGUAUGACAGGUUUCGAAACACUU